GCUGUUUGGACGUUCCAAUUUGUGCUGUGAGCCCCGCCGCAGCGGCCGCACAGACUCAAAGCCCAGCGAGUGAGUGCAGCAGCUCCGAGCGCCUCUCCGCUAUCCCCGCGCCGCCUCAUCCUGCCUCCGCGAUGCGGCCGGGUCUGUGAACCGCCUGCUACCCUGGGACGCCCCGCCGUACUACUACCUCAGCAUCACCCCGCCCGCCGCAUCGCUCCGGGUCCCAGGUUUUGCACUGCCAUAGGGCGCCUCCUUGAGGUCGCUUCACUGCCCUACCAUGUUCCAGCGCCUCAGCAGCCUCUUCUUCAGUACCCCCUCACCCCCAGAUGACUCCGACUGCCCCCACGCCUUUGUCUCACAGGAGGAUGAAGUGGACGGCUGGCUCAUCAUUGACCUGCCGGACAGCUACGACGCUCCCCCCAGCCCUGGGGCCGCCCCUGCCCCCGCGGGCCGCCCUCCGCCCGCGCCCUCCUUGAUGGACGAGAGCUGGUUUGUUACCCCUCCCGCUUGUUUUACUGCAGAGGGGCCCGACCUCGGGUCCACCCUUCUCCAGAGCAGCCCCCUGGAGGACCUCCUCAUCGAGCACCCCAGCAUGUCCGUUUACGUCACCGGCAGCACCAUAGUGCUGGAGCCUGGGCCCCCUUCCCCGCACCCAGACGCUGCCCCACCGGACAGCGAACUCGGAGACGGAGAGUUGGCACCCGCCCGCCGCGAGCCCCGGGUCCUGCACCAUGCCGCUGCUCCUCUGCCGGCGCGGGCGGUACUGCUGGAGAAGGCGGGCCAGGUACGGCGAAUGCAGCGGGCCCGGCAGCGGGCUGAACGCCAUGCGCUGAGCGCCAAGGCGGUGCAACGGCAGAACCGCGCCCGUGAGAGCCGUCCGCGCCGGCCUAAGCACCAGGGUAGCUUCAUCUACCAGCCGUGCCAGCGCCAGUUCAACUACUGAGUAUCCGGCAGCCGCACCACGAAUCCCUCGCGGUUCCCCUAUCCCCGUUAGUCCUCUCCGUGGCAGCCCAUGUGUUGCUCGAGGGGCGGCGGGUGCCGCCUCGGGCUGCACCACAACCUCCUUCCUCCUUAAGAGUAUGUGAGGUGGGGUGAUGGCCCUUCCUUCCUCGACUCUCUUGAUUUCCCCAUCUCUGAUUCUCUCAUCCACUUCUGAAUCCCUCUUGCCCCUUUCGCCCUCCCCAUACUCAGCAUCUUAUCUUCCAUUCUCCCCACUGCUGACCUUUCAUGCUUUCGAAUUCUCCUGCAUCCGUCCCUCCCUCUCACCUUUCCUCUCUCGGUCCACCCCUACUUCUGAGAGCCUUUUCCACCCUGAUCUGGCUCAUUCCCCCUCUUCAACUUGCACCUUACACGACUCACUUUCAUAUUUGGCAUUACACUUACUCCUGCCUCUCUUAUUAUUCAUUCCCAGGAAUUCCCUCACAAAUGGAUAAAGGGAGGGAACUCUGAGCCCAACUAUGACCAGGUACAACUGGCUGGGUCUGGGCCACUGUCCUUGCCCUCCAGUAGGGGUCAGGCUCAGGGUUUUGCUUUUAGUCUCUCCCUUCUCUCUGCCCUGGGGGCUGGGCUCCUUGAGGCUGUUUACACCUGGAAAGGUAAAGUAUGUGAAAGAGGACAGUGAGGUGUUAGUUAGAGAGAGAAGGUGGAGGGAAUCAAGGGAAAGAAACAGCCUAUUGGAGAUGUACAGAGGACAGACAGGUUGAGAAAUUAUAGGGAGCAGGGUACCAUGGGAGCUGCACUGUGCUUGCUCAGAGAGGCCAUUCCCUGCUCUCUUGCUGGAGCCUGACCCCACUUUGUUUCCUAUAAUCUCAUUUCCAAAUCUUUUCCUGAAAUCUACCCUCUGCAGGCCCCUGAGUCUGAGGGGUUUAGUACCAUGCCACCCUACCUUGAUAUUCUCCCCCAGGAGUAGAAGUUGGGCAAGGCCUGCCAUCCUGGCCAACUGUUCACAUGCCCAAGGUGCUAAGAACUAGCUUAGGAGAGACACAGGCCAGAGGGGUUCUAGGCAGGGAAUGGGCAUACACCCCAAGGUAAGAAUGCAGAGGAAUGAUGCUAAAGAGGACAGGCCUUGGGGUGAAGCCAUCCCAAGAUUGACAGCUCAGUCUUUCAUCUUGCCUCUGGCCUUAUAUUUCACACCCUACUCACUAUGGCUAAUAAACACUCCUGGGUUGGAGGCCAGCAGCCCACUGUCCCAUUUUCCAAAAGUUCCCUAUCCAGGUUCAGGGCCUUUAGGGGCCACAGGGCUCUUCCUUUCUAGGCUGCUGGGGAGAAAUGGGUGCCCUAUGGUCCCCCCUCCCCUUCUCCUCCAGUAAGUACCUGGAGGAAAGAACCUGAAUCCCUGAGUGAGACACAGGGACAGGGGCAGCCAGCUUUCCCUUUCUUGUGGUGGGAUUGAAUUUUGGGCUCAGACACCAGCAACAGCCUCUUGGGAUGCCCUGAGUUGCUUCCCAUUCUCUUUCUAGCUGUCUUUUUCUAGUGUGUGCUCUUUCUUCCUUGAAACUUUUAAGAUUUCCUGUUACAUACUAACAUAGGUCUUCCCCUUCACCCCAAUUCCAUGUUUCCAGGCCUCACAGCCAAGCUGGGGUUGGAGAAAACUCUGCAUUCCCAUGAGGGCAAAGGUAGCUGCUCUCCCUGACCCUACAGCCCCAGACCUCACUUGGCACAUGUAGAGUAGGAAGGGAGUAUCCCCAUGGAUGCUGGGAUGGGGACAGAGGAAGCCUUUUGGGGUCUCCUGUCCCAAGGUAUAAUUGACACUACAAGCAGAUCAGAGUCCCCAUGCCAGCCCACUAGGGCUCUUGUAGUUGACAACUUUGCUCCUUUCCCCAAGUUCUUCAGUUACAACCUGUAAACUUUUAUUCUUCCAGCUAUCCCUUGGUCACUUCACAGCCAGCUUAGGGUCUUCGGCACUUCAAGAGCUGAAUCCCUCCAACCCUUCUUGCUUACUCCUCAACACCAGCUGGGGCUAAAUUUCAAAAGGCCCUGUCCCUUACCUAUAUUUAUGGAGGCUCCUGUAGUUCUAGAACCCUCCAAUCUCUCACCUGGCUGGUUGCAAGACUCAUUGUAAUUUUUUUGUACUCUGUAGCAUUUGAGUGUGGCAAUAUUUUAAUCAUAUAUAGAUUUCUAAGAACCAACAUUACUCAGUCUCCUGCUAGUCUGACUCCUGAAGCAUCAGACCUUGUCAUACUGUAUUGACUGUGUAUGUGCCUUUCACCUUGAGCAUGCUUCAGGACUUUUUUCUUAAACUACAGAACUUGAAUACACGAGGGAACCAGAAUUCACAAAGUCCUAUGCAACCUUAGAUAGGAGAGGGGGUUAGAGAGUCUGUCUUGACUGAUGUUUUCAGAGACACUGGAGAAGUUUGUACCAGUUUGUAAGUAUUAAUGUUGAUAUUACCAGCACUUUGCCAAAACUAAGAAUGUCUGAGGGACCUAUUUCUAGAGUGAGUCCCAAUUACAUCAAAGGGUGACUUCCAGUUUUUCCCAAUAAGUCUUGAGUUGGUCCCUUGAGCUGGGUGUCAAUUUUUAAUCUUUGUCAGUCUAGCCCCAGCAGGGCACCAUGUGUGUAUGAGUGCAGUUUGGUGCUGUUUUGGAGUAUGCCUGCCCCUCAACCCCUUGAGUGGAACCCUGUGAUCAACCUGCUAUGACCCAUGAUGUCUUAGGUGCAACAAGCACCCCACAAAGCUCUUGGAUGCCUCCCCAGAUCCAUGCAGUUUUGUGUGAAGGGACUAAAUGCAGACACACCAUAACUAGCUUUUAAUAUCUUCCCUUUUACCCUGCCACCUAAUUCCAGAUGGAACCAACACGUUGAGUACAUCCCCGUUGGGUGUUUUUGUUGAGACUGGCUGAAACAAGGAGACUUUGGUUGACUGUGUUGUGAUGUGUCAACAGACUCAAGGACACAACCACCUCGACCUGGUCAUGUGGCAUGCCUGUGUAUGUGUGUAACAGGAUUCUGAUUGUUAGACUGUAAUGCUAUUCAUCUAUGGGAGAAAAAAAAUUAAUAUAAAGAAAAACAAAUAAAAAAUUUAUUUAAAGCACAUUAUGCUUCCUCC